AUGGAUCCCUCAAAGACAAACGCUAACUGGAACAAGGCUGCUGGUUCCGUCAAGGAAAAUGUCGGUAGCGCUAUUGGUAACAAGAAUAUGCAAGGCGAGGGCAUGACCCAGAACUCGAGCGGACAGGCAGAGGAGAUGGGUGCCAAGGCCCAGGGUUACGUCUCCGGUCUCAUGGAUCAAGCCAAGGGUGCUGUCAAUGGUAUGGUCGACAGUAUUACUGGAAACGAUACCAGCCGUGCUGGAUCAAAGGCUCAGGAGCUUUCUGGUGAAGCUCAGAAGAAGUGGAACUCUUAA